UAGAAUGAAUGGAAGACCCACGAGCCGGAGCGCAGUACAUGAGAAAUCGGAGAGAUGGAGCAAUCGGAGAAAGAAUCGAUCAGAUCAGCGACCGAAGAGGUUUCUCGUGAAUUCAAAACCCUAGUGAAUUCUCAGGAUUUGGAUUCUCUCAAGCAAUUGCAGCACCUCAUAUUGGGAAGGUUGCAGGAUAGCAAUGCAGUCCUUUCACAUUUUAAUGAGUAUUCAGAGCAUUGCUUUGCAGAGGUUUCCAGUGACUUAUCGAGGAAUACACGUCUUUUGAAAUCUAUGAAGUCAGACCUUGACUACAUAUUUCAGAAGCUGAGGAGUCUGAAGGCAAAGAUUUUGGCCACCUAUCCAGAUGCAUUUCCAGAUGUUUCAACAAUAGAAGCACUUGACCGAAGACCAGACCUUGAAAUGCCACAGUGACUUUAGUACCAUGCAUCUUGAAAUAGUAAUAAUGGACCCUUGUCUUCUACUUUUUCCCGGCUAUUUUUUUUCCCCGAGUUUUUGCUGAGUGCGGCAUUGAGAAUUGAGGUUUCAUGUGGUCCCGAAACUAUUGUACCACUGCAGCCAAUGGACAAUCAGCAUCUUCAGCCGAGGUGGUGAAUGCCGGAUGUAUAUCACCACCAGCACGUGUACUUGCAGGAUACGAGGGCUUCAACCCAAAGCACGCCAGUGGGUUUGCCUUAACAUCAUGCUUGAAAUUUUCAGGCACCCUUUUUUGAGCUUUCCAAAUACCUUUCAGAAACAGUCUUUUUGAUGCAACCAUGCCUGAAUCAUAAUCGCCUCUUUUGCUAUAUAAGCUUUUAUUUUUUUGAAAAGAAUAUAUAAUGACCUAAAUCCUCAACCUCACCCCCCCCCCCC